AUGUAUUAUUCACUUACCACUACCACCUAUACAUCCUUUAUCUUAUCAGUAUUAUUAUUAUUGCAAUCAUUUAUCUUAAUCAAAGUUUCAUCGCAUGAAUAUCACAAAGAUGAGCAAGAUGAUGAAACAUCGCCGAAUAUUUAUUGGGUUCCAAUUGUGCAGAGAAAUUUUACAGAAAUGAUUUAUGAAGACGAUGAUAUUGAAGAACAGUUGAAGAAAUGA